CGCCAUUUGCGGAAGAGAUGAAUAGAUUUGUUGUUUUGUACAAUAUUGUCCAGUUUGUAGCUACACCAAGAUAUGUAGCUUAAUUUUUGCUGUAUAUUUUAGCACAUAAAGAUGACAACUUCCAAUAUCAGUUCGAGCACUGUGCUCAGCACAACCACAACAGCAGCAACAACAAAGUUGACCUCCACGUUGCCGACACCAGUGACAUCCGACAUCACCAGCAUUGUUCCCAACAGCACAUCUAAUUCCACGUUGGAGCCAGAGCCACUCAUAUUUCUACAGACUCAGGCUGCUCAGGGUAUUGCUGGAGCAUUUGCUGUUGCAGCUAUUCUUGUCACGUGUCACCAGAUCUACUUGCACCUGCGCUACUACACGUGUCCCAAUGAGCAGCGGUGGAUUGUACGGGUUCUCUUCAUAGUUCCCAUCUACUCCUUCGACUCCUUCAUCAGUCUCAUGUUCUUCAACAGCAACAACUACUACAUCUACUUCGACAGUGUCAGAGAUUGCUAUGAGGCGUUUGUGAUAUACAGUUUUCUCAGUUUGUGCUAUGAGUAUCUGGGUGGAGAAGGAGCGAUUAUGUCUGAAAUCCGUGGCAAGCCAAUCAACGCUGGUUGGUUCUGGUGUACAUGCUGUCUGUCUGGACGUCAGUACACCAUUGGCUUUCUCAGAUUCUGUAAACAGGCCACUCUGCAGUUCUGUAUCAUCAAACCAGUAAUGGCCGCUAUCACCUUGGUGCUACAGGGAUUUGGUCAUUACAAGGAUGGAAACUUCUCACCUGCUGGAGGCUACCUGUACAUCACAAUAAUCUACAACAUCUCCAUCACUCUGGCACUCUAUGGACUUGUUCUCUUCUACUCGGCAACCAAAGAACUCCUCAGCCCAUACGACCCUGUUCUCAAGUUUUGCAUUGUCAAAUCGGUGAUCUUCUUGUCAUUUUGGCAAGGUGUUGUGCUGGCUAUUCUCGAGAAGAGCGGAGUGAUCAGUGCGGUCCACGUGGAUGUCAACCGGCGUGUGGUGGAGGUGGGCACUGUGUCCGCAGGCUGGCAGAACUUCUUCAUCUGCGCCGAGAUGUUCCUGGCGGCCGUCGCGCUACGCUUCGCCUUCCCCCACAGCGUGUACGCGUCCGGCCCCACCAGCACCCACGGCCGUACUGUGUCACUGCAAAGCAUCUCGAGCAGCCUGAAGGAGACGAUGAACCCACGCGACAUCAUGCAGGACGCCAUCCACAACUUCCACCCCCAGUACCAGCAGUACACCCAGUACCAGGGGUCGAAGCCGCCCAAGGAUGAACCCGUUGAGGGCAACUGGGGGGGACAGCACGACCAGUACCAGCGGCGACCGCAGCAGCAGAACGGGGCUCCGCAGGGACGCACCCCAACUGGCAGUCAGCAGCAGGCGCAGCCCCCCAACAAGAGCCGCUUCAAUGAGAAGACAACUCUUCUCAGCUCCGAUGAUGAAUUUCCGUGAAGUAUUUUAAUUUAAAGAUGACAAAAACUAAAAUGUUAAUUUAAAGAUAAAAAAAAAAUUAAACUUUUUUUGUCAUGGAAGGGGAGGUAACACAGCAAUGACCGGACCUUGGAGGGACCAUUUCAAUUGUCGGUCAUGGUAUAUGUGUGAUCUUAAAACAAAACAAAAAAAUAUUAUUUUCACAAACCAUACCCACCGUUUGAUGUCUGAUGUUGAUAUUAUUUAAUAUUGUACUUGUUUUUGGUGAUGUCACAGUUGACAGUUUGUUUCAUUGAUAUGAUAUUUUCAGUAAUUAACGGAUCCACUAUAUGCUCAGUAUAUAGAUUGAAACACUUUGAAUGUAUGAUGUUAUAAAUAUUUAAAGCUGCUCGUGCUGAAAAGUGGUAAAACUUUCCUUAUUAAACAAUAUACAAUCACUAUCAAAUAAGUAUUUUACUGCUUUAUCUCUAGCAUUGGUUCAAAACUAUUGACUCUAAUGUUCUAUUGGUGUAUUUGAUAAUGCUCUCAGUAUGUUGUCAAAUUAUUUUAUUGAUGUAUACAUAACAUGGUAUACGAAACCUGCUUUAUGUUUUCAAUGAAAUAUUCUGUUAAUGGGUAAAACAGUCAUGGAAAAGAAAUCUCACUUUGUUAUUUUUCUCUGUAAUUUAUAUGCUAUUUGCAAGUAUGAAAUCACAUUAUAAAUGUUGUUGUAAUGACCCACAACUACAAUUCUGUUGUUGAAAUUAUGACAUGUAAUUUGUUACUUUAUUGUUUUUAAAUUAGUCCUAGUAUUAUCACAGAUAAAACCACACCUAAAUACAUCGGUUUUUACUUACUAAGGUACACAAGCUUCUUAUACUAACAGUUUUGAUAAGAAACUUUACUUGGACUCAAUCCUGUACAGAUACGUAAUUCAGGUUGUUUUACAUGGUAAAACAUUUACAUAAUGCAUUUAAUGGUGGAUUACCAAAUUAAUUAUUAAUCAAAAUAUUAUUUUUAUAGUUCACUAAAUUAAAACGUUUUAACUAAACACUACUGAACUAAAUUUGUUUUGACACAAUUUUCUUAGUUUUUAGUUAUUUGGUAAAUAUUUUGUGUUUUUGAUCACAGAGACCACAAAAAAUAUACAUCAAACUUAUUUUAAGCCUAAUUGGUCUCAGAAUUUUGCAUUUGCUAUUUUAAGCUAUACAGAGAUUUUGUUGUGAUUUAUACACAGUGCUAAUUGUGUUGCUAUUUGAAUAAAUUAUAAUAACAUGUCAAUUUUGACCAUACUAGUAUACUUACAUAUUCAAAAUGUCUUUACCAAUACAUGGAUUGUUUUUAUCUUUCCAUGUUGUUUUGAAAGUAUAUAUAUAUAGAUAUAGAUAUCCAAUUUUUUGUAUACAUGUUUGGAUAAUUUUUAGCAUGAAUUAUGUAUAGCCUUUUUUCCCCCUCUUUCAUAUAACUAGAUCAUUUCAUGCAGUGAUGUAUUAUUACAUAUUAAUGAUGUCUAGCACAUAUCAUAGUUAUCCUGUUGUUUUACACCUAUGUUUUUACCUAUUUUUAGAAUGUCAUAUGGGCAUGUUUAGAUCAAAAGCAGUUAUUAUGAGCAAUCCAUUUUCUGUCUAUCUUUUGUUUGUGUAUGCACACUGUUCAACCUGUUACAGUAUUUAGAGAUAGGGUAGUCGUUUCAUGCCGUAACCAUAAUUUUGCAUGUAUGUUAUUAGACAUGUCUGUAUAUUAAUAUGUUUAUCGCAUGUGUGUUUGUUGGCAUUACUCUUGUGUGUAACUAGUCCGAGUGAUUGGGAACCGUUGAUGUCAAACUUAGUGCAAUAACUAACACAUUAUCACUAGCUUCUGUCUCAUUCACAUCACCCACCCAUGCUACUAACCCCAAAUUACAGUUCGGUUUCUGGGUACAGAUUUCUAAAGCUAUCUUAGUGCUACGAUGUCGUAAAACCAUCUGUUAUGACGUGACGUCGCAUGCCAUAGAAUGAUGGUUUUACGAUAUCGUAGUGCUGGGCCCAGAAUAGUAAAAGCCAUUUAACUCUGUGAUUUUACUGUUUAAUUAAGUAUCAAACUGUGUAAACAAACUUAAUUUCUAAAGACAGAAAUUUCUAUGUUGUGAGGUUUUGAAGUUCUUACUUUAGUUCUUUAUUUCAUGAUUUAGUAUUUGCUUUGUUUGACAGUCCAGUGUCUAUUGUUAAGGCUGUUUUGGAAAUGGUAACUUGGCGUGAUGCUUUUUAGCACUCGUCACAAAUGUAAUAAAAAAUAUAAUGUUGCUGUUUUGUCCUUUAUCAAAAUAUAAACUACUAGGCAAAAAUUAAUUUAUUGUCUCCUAUACUGCACCGUGGCUUCUUAGGCAAGGCCAUUUCAUUUGGUGAUCACGUCAUCUCGGCUCUUAAAUGUUUCCAUUCCUGCACUUCCAUCACCUCUGGUCGUCUCCUUGCAUGAAUGUUUGAGGUGUUUUAUCAUCAUGCUAGUGUAUUACGAUAUUUGUUACUAAUAGUCUGUGUUUUCACAUAUCUUUGUUUUACAAUUUAUCACCAUAGAGAACUUCUUAGGGCCAAAAUACACCUAAACUGGGUCUGGUGAGUGGCAAAAACAUCAUGUCUGGUGUAUUUUGAUGUCGGGGUUACAUGUUACCAAUAUAUAUUAACUACAUUCAUACCUUCAGAUAUAUUUGCUUCUGUAAACACCAACAAUAAUUAUAAGAAUUUGAUAUUCCUGUUGUUUAUUAAGAAAAAUUAAAGAUAAAGGCAAACAUCAUGCAGCUACCAGUUAUGCAGUGUGAAAAUAAUUCAUGCCCAGCACUGAGGUGGUAUGUUUUGUCACAUUCGAUUCAGUGCAUUUCUCUUUUAACUGGUACCAUAUAUUCACCAGACCUAGAUUCAACUUUGGUUGUUUUGGGUCAUUUUUCAUUUUUAAUCAACCAUAGUUUUUGUAUCUGACAAUGACAUGACUAAGCAUAUUUAAUACUCAAUGAUACUUUUUCUUCGUUUAAAAAAUUAACAAAAAAAUUAAAUAAUUUUAUAAAAGUACAUUUUUAAAGAUAACUUGUAAAUGUGUGUGCAUUAUUUAGGAAUCGUAAAUAAAAUAUUCCAUUGGGUAAGACCGAUGUAUCAUGAAUUUAAUUUUUUCUUAUGGGUUAUUAGUACUAUUCGUGUUGAUAAAAUAUUAUCACAUUUAUCAGCUGUGAAAUACCCUGUCUCACAAUUUUGCUAUUGUAUAUUGGAAUUUAUUUUUUGACAUUAAUGUUAUAGCAUAGUUCAAUCAGUAAAUAUGAACAAACACAUUUGAACAGUUUCAGAUGUUUUGAUUCUGUUCUCUUGAGGUGGAAGAUCAAAGGUAUGUUUAGGAGGACUGGAUUUUGCCUCUGAUGUUAAAUAAAUAUGUGAUAGAAGACAACAGUACCAGUCAAAUUGUUUGCAAGCACUUGGUCUCCUGAACAUGCCAAAGAAUACAUAGGUACGGUUGUGCGUGUGGAAAGGGUGGUGGGUGCACAAUACAUUUUUAUUUCUUUAACUUUAGGUUAUUGUACACAACAACUGGUCCAUGUGGUAAUGUUCUGUUUUACACCCAACAGGAUAUUGUCACAGAAAUAUAAUUAUUAAAAUAAGAAAAAGAAAAAAAAGAGCUCUACUUUAUUAGUUAUUAAAAAGGCCUCGGGUGUGUGUUGGGGUGGGGGAUAGUGUAGUACUAAUUGAGCUACCUUAUAUAAAUAAAGAUUUUUAUUAUUUUGUUUUCAUUGUAUUGUGCAGAAGGUUGCCUGAUAUAAUCUGCUCCUAUAAAUUUUUUAUAAGUUUGCCACAUUCUGCAACUACAGAAUUUUAGCAUGGUGAGAAGGUGCAUGUUACACACUAUGUAUUAAGAAACAAAGUGUUGCUUUAUAUUUUAAGUUUUAUUUUAGAUAUAUAUAUAUAUAUAACAUUGUUGAGCAAUUUAUUCAAGAACAGAGUUAUAACAUGCAUAUCAUAUCCUCAUAUUUAAGUUUGAAUUCUAAAUGUAGAAAUGGUUAUAUCUUGUUUAUUUGUGUAGAUAGUGAUGGGUAAAAAACACUACAAAGAUGUAUAUUUUUUGUGAUAUUUAGCUGUCUGUGAAAUGUCAAUUUGUGUUUGUCGUCAUGUUGAUGUUUAAUGUAAAUGUAUUAUGCACAGUGUUAAUCUCAGGAGCAGGAUUUGUAAAAGCUUCACUUGGAUGUCGAUUUUUCGGUCAUAUUCUUUUUUUUAGUUUUUGUGUAGAAUCAAGUUUGUUCAGAUUAAAACAACAGUCAAAUCUGUGUUUAAGCAACAACCUUAGGACUUAGGACACAUUAACAGGUGGUCUUCAAAGGCAGUUGACUACUUUAUGUAGGUCAAUGUAUAUUAGAUGGUAUGGAAAAUGUGACCUCUUAAGACAGCGUCCACAAGAAUUGACUAGGUUUGUCUGCAAUAUCAAAUACAUUGCAGCCAGACCUAGGUAAUUCUUGGUCGACAACAGGUAACUGCUUACUAAAGGGCAACAUGUAUUACAAUAUUAUAUGGUUUGGAGUGGUAUUGUAUGUGGAUUCUUAAGACAGGUGAUUCUUAAUACAGUAUGAUGGUAUGAUGAAAUAUAUUGAUGUGGCCUCUCUAAACAUGUGCCCGACUUACAGAGGUGGUUGCUUAAACAAUUUGACUGUUUUGCUAGUAAAAUUGAGACCAAUUAUCAAAUUAGGAAAGAUCAACUUUGAUCAUAAUUUUUUUUUUUGGCUUGUUUUUUUGCUUUUGGGGAUUAAGUGUUUUUUUGACAUUUUUGCCUAGUUAACCUCAAAGUAGCUAUUUCCCAGUUGUUAUUUUAGAUAUAUACAAGUCACUGAUAUGGUUAUAUGUAAACAUAAUGGAUGUGGACGUCAGAUACUCUUUUAACAUUUUUAAUUGAGAAUGUAACUAAGGCUGAACAUAACAUGAUUUAAGAUACCGGUAAUCAUAAUUUUUGUUUUCUUCAAGGGAAUAGAGAACUAUAGCAGUCAUUAUCACAGAAACAGUCACUUUGUUGCCAAAUCUGACAUGUUGUAAGACGCAGUACCGGCAGGUUGACAGUAUUUUACAAAGAAAUUAUUAACCCAUUUACUUUGUUCUUUAAGAAAUCAACUUUGCUGAAUUACACGUAUGUGUAUUAAAUGUUAUGUAUAUUUAUUUAUCUGUGGUGUUUUGUAAUUCAUACAGUGCAGUAAUGUCUUGUGUAGGUGGAAUCUGGACUGUGACACACAAAUAGACUGCUAAUGUUAGUUAUGUAUCUACAGCAAGAGGAAAGACUGGUGUUUGGUUGAAUAAAGCAGUUAACUGCUGAUUUUGCAGCCAAACUGAUAUAAAUUAAAUCCUCAUUGAUGAGAAUGCUGUCAGCAAAAGCUAGAACAAAGGUUUCCAUUAUUUGAAUAUUUUUGAUAAUUAAAAAAAAUUCGGCAACAUUGUAAAUUGUAAAAAGUAAUUUAGCUAUAAAAAUAAUUUUAAAAUUGUUUAAAUUUUAGAUAAAUAAAUUGUUGUAAACACUUGUAUAACCUUAGUAGGAAUGUAUUUCUUACACAUGUUAUGUUUUAAUUAAUUUUGUGGAGUGUUGAGCUCGAUCUUUGUGUACAUUCUGGUCUUCAUUUUAUGUAUAUUUGUAUAUAAAAGUUACCAAAUAUGUACAUAAUCUACAAUUCUAACCUUUAAUGCUGAAGAAAGCUAAUAUUUCUUGUACAUGUCUCCCUAAUAUGUAAUAUUUUAUUUUAGAAGUAUAUCACUGUAAUAUUUGACUUUUUUUUAACGGUAUUAAACCGUAACUCGUACAAUUGUAAAACAUUAGAGUAAAAGUUAAACUAAAUGUCUUUUAGCUUAAUGUAUUUACUAAUUUGUAUAAAAGACUCUUAAAGAGUUAAAAUUCCAAAAUGCAAUGUACACCAAUGUUCAGAUUUUAAGGUUUGCUGUAAAGGUAUACUAAGUGAUAAUAUGAAAAUAAAGAUUCCAAAACAUGAUAAAUGCCAAUUUUUAGAUUUUAAAGUUAGCUGUGAAGGUAUACUAAUUGACAAUAUAAAAAUGAAGUUUCCAUUAGAAAAUGCAAUCUGUGCCAAUUGAACGCAGUGUUAAAACUGAUUCACAGGUGUGAGUGCAGGAAAUGGGGGGGUACUGUCAUGGGUGAUUUUUAGGGUGGUCAGGUCAUGCUCUUCCCCCCCCCC